ACAGCCUUCCCACCUGCCCACUUCCACAUGAGCCUGCCUCCAGAGCCAAACCCAGCCAGUGGCCCAGCUCCAGACACUCCAGUCAGAGGUGGUUUGGAGACACCCACCAGGACAUCCCCGAGCUGGCCUUUAUUAACAUCCAACCAAGUGUCCAGCUCAGGAAGAAAAGCCUCAGCUAGAGAUUCAGACAGAGGACGACCAAGGAGGGAAGUACUGAGAACUGGGGACGGGUGCAUGCUUGAGAGUGAGGUGUGCUGCUGAGCACAGGAGCCAACCCAGUGUCACUCACUGGCUACCCCUCCCCGGGUGACGCUGCAGCCUAGCCUGAGCUUAGGUCCGCCUGUCCACAUGGCAGUCUUCCUGUCUGCUGGCCUUGGGGUGCUUGCUCCUCCAGAGACCUAUCCCCCUCCUGUGACCAGCACCGGCUGGGAUCCCCGGCUGGGGACACCAUUCCCCUCAGGUUCCUGCACCAUGUCCUCAGAAGCCCAAGCCAUGGCAGAGGCCACUGGGCAGGGCCCUAAGAACCCACGUGUAUCCAGCGUGAUGGUGCAGCUGGAGAUGAAGCCACUGUGGGAAGAAUUCAACCAGCUGGGCACAGAGAUGAUUGUCACCAAAGCGGGCAGGAGGAUGUUCCCAACCUUCCAGGUGAAGAUCUUAGGCAUGGACACGCUGGCCGACUAUGCUCUGCUCAUGGACUUUAUCCCGCUGGAUGACAAGAGAUACAGGUAUGCCUUCCACAGUUCUGCCUGGUUGGUGGCGGGCAAGGCCGACCCUGCCACGCCUGGCAGAGUGCACUUCCACCCUGACUCGCCAGCCAAGGGUGCCCAGUGGAUGCGGCAGAUCGUGUCCUUUGACAAACUCAAGCUGACCAACAACCUGAUGGACGACAAUGGCCACAUCAUUCUCAACUCCAUGCAUCGUUAUCAGCCCCGUUUCCACGUGGUCUUCGUGGACCCACGCAAGGACAGCGCCCGCUACGCCCAGGAAAACUUCAAGUCCUUUGUCUUCACCGAGACCCAGUUCACAGCAGUGACAGCCUAUCAGAACCACCGGAUCACACAGCUGAAAAUUGCCAGCAACCCCUUUGCCAAAGGCUUCAGAGAGGCUGACCCAGACUCAUGGCCUGUAACCCCCCGGCCGUUGCUCAGCAUCCCUGCCCGGAGUCGUAGCAGCCUCGGUUCCUGCCUGCUUAAAGGCUCUGCAGAACGGGAGAAAGAUACCAGUAAAGCUUCAGCUUCCAGCUCCAGGUCCCCUACUCAGCCACACCACAAGCUGCUGCCUGCCCCUGAUGUCCUGCUGGCCCCUGCCACCUACAGACCCCUCCCUUACCAGAACCUGUACCCUGGAUCCCCGAGCCACGCUGGGACCCCAAGAGCUCGGCUGGCACCUUACCCUCUCCCCAACAUCAGCACUGCUGGAGAUCAGGAAGACCCAACCCUUGCAGCUGGGCUGGGGCUCCUGCCCACCUCUGCCUUGUGCUUGGUGCCUAACCAAGCCACCCAGUGAUGGGCAAGUGCUGUGGAAGCCCCUUACCCUGUGCUCCACCUCUCCUACCCUCCUCUGUAAGACAUCUCCUGAGGAAAGCGGCGGAAAUCCUGGCGGCAGUGGCUCCUGCCUCAAAGCCAGCCUGGGUGGGGCCUGCUAGCCUUGGAAUCAGGCCUACUUCCUACUCAAAAGUCCUGAUUGAAUCCUGUCCCCCUGCCUCGAGGAUGACUCCUCUAAAUCCUGCUUCGAUUGUCCUUCCCCCACAUUAAACUGCUUGGCAACAGCA